AUCAGUGCAAAAGGCGAAUGUUAACACCAAAAUGCUGAUAAAUCAAAUUGCACAAAUCCUAACAAAACAAAUCAUGAAAGCCUGAGAUAUUUCCUAUUUAAUAUUCGCACUUUUUUAUAUAUCUCCGUAGAGUUUUUUUUUUAUUUUAUUUUUUUAGUUUUUAUUAUUUAGUUUAUUGUUUUAUUUAUUCAUCAGUUCAUUCAAAGGCUGAACUGAGUAAAUGUGUCAAGAGUGGUUUCUUUACCCACUGUCUCCAUUAGAGGGCGUUCAGUCAGCCCGGACUGAGUAGAAGCAUUGGGUGCAGUAGGAUUACACCAGUUUAAAAAAAACACACAUUUGGGUCACGUCAAAGGAACCAGCACUAAUAUUAGAGGCUGCUGCUUUCAGAAGAGCUGCCAAGCAGCGCCGCAUAAAGGCAUCUUAGCCAGGGGAUAGUCUGUCACAAGGACUGGAAAGCCAGGUUUUUCACGGGUGACAUUUAACGUCACACGCGUUGUCAAGACGGAGGGGCUUCUCCGUGCGUAACGCAGAUACGCUGGAUCCACACUCCUCAAACCAUGAGUACUUGCAAGUGUGUAAUUUGAAGGCGACAUAUGCACUCUUCUGCAGAUAUGUCUUUCUUAACCAUACCAAGCCAAGAGGGCCUUUUCAAAACGAUUAAAACCAGCAAGUCGGCCGGAGAGGCGGAGGGUCAUUCACGCACGGACGCCGCUGAGAAAAACGACGAUGAGGAGGAUGAUGAGGACGAUGAUGACACCGAUGAUGUCCGGUUCAUCCCCAGGUGUUCCCCGGUGCCCAGAAAGCGGGGCGCGUCCAUCUUCGACGAGACAGCCGAGUACAUGCGGAUCCACCAGGCGCUCUCUGCAGGAAAGCGGGUCUCGUUCGCCGACACAACAGGUGGAGAUCUGGUGGAUGUGCGCGAAUUCGCAGCCUUCGACUCGGACGAGGAAGACACCGCAAAGUGGCAGGAGGAGGAGGCGAAAUACCGCAAAGCAGAGCGGGAGCCGACCUAUCGAGUGCACCCGGAGUUCCACGUUCCCAGCGGCGGCGUCCUGCUACAGGCUGUGCGCUCCAACAAAGUGGAAGUUGAACGGAUAUCCCCAUUAGAGGACGAGCCGCUUGCAUUCAGUGGAGUAAUUCGAGUCCUGAACAUCUCCUUCCACAAAGCGGUGUACAUCAGAUCAACCAUGGACAGCUGGGGCACUUACUUUGAUCACCCUGCAGAGUACGUGUUUGGAUCUAACGUCGACAACACUGAUCAGUUCUCCUUUAAGCUGUCUUUUGCACCACCGUACACCACGCACGGCUCACGCAUUGAGUUUGUCGUGCGCUAUGAAACCUCGGUUGGUGAUUACUGGGCCAAUAACUUUUCCAGGAAUUACGCUGUGACGCUGCUUUUGUCCUAUGAAGAUGAUACAGCCCAGACCAGCACUGAUAUGGCACAAAAAAGAAGCAUCCUGAAGAGUCCGAAAGUCUACAGCCUGACAUCAGAGGAAGAUCAGGAGGAAGGAGAAGAGGAACCAGAGAGUUUAACAGCAGAACUAGUCAGGCCAUCAGCUGCGUGUCCAGUCAUCAUUCAUCCUGAGAUCGAUGUGGAGAAACCCGUUCACCAGUCCGGUCCCUCCGCCACAUCUCACCACAGGCCACUAUCUACCGGCGCCACACCGUCCACACCCGCUGCACCUUCAGCAUCCUCCAAACCCGACCUUCAGUCCAAUUCUGCCUUUGCACUCAAACCAGAUAAGUCUCAGCCUUCGCAUUUACUCCACCGGGUGCGCGAGAAAGAAACACCAGAGCAGUCUGUGCACAGCCGUCCCGCUGCGUCGCCGUCUCCCUCACGUCCUUCAUCUCAAGAACCCGAACAGAGAUCAGACGAGUCUCAGGCUGACAGAGUGGAAACUCUUCCUCGCUUCUGUCCUCUGUCAGCAGCAGGAGACAAGCGCAUGGCUGCUGAGUGUGUCUCCUGUUCCAGUCUGAUGGAAGAAGUCCUUGUACAAUUCAGCCAACAAGAAAGGCUUUUAGAAAUGUCCACAAAAUCUGCAGAACGUCAGGCAGACAGAAGACCUGCAGCUGAGACUCGUGCAUCUUUGGAAGAGGAGGAUGAAGGUAGACCCUCAGCGAACGCCGCUGAGCCGAGCCAAGACGCCGCUCCUCACUCUGCCUCAUUUGACGAUCCACUAAGCCUGAUGUCUGAAGACGAAGACUACAGCAUCGAUCUAAAGCCGUACAUCUUCUUGCUGGGUGUUUCCCUCUCUCUGGUGUGGUGGAAACUCGUUAGUAGAGGGUAGAGAAGCUGCUCAAUAAACCGGAGAAGGAGCCAUCUUUGUCUUUAUAUCUUUAUUUGAAGCGUUCAAAGACUCUGGUCAGAGAAGCAGAAACCCGAUGUAAGUGUUUCACACAGUUAUUUAUACACACACACGCACAAGUAUGAGAUGAAGAACAAAAGAAAAUCAGAAGAGAAACAGGCCCGUAUAGGGGUACAAUGAUACCAAACAUCUAUUUGAGCCUGUUUCUUACACUUUAUUUAGAAACUCGUCUGCAUGCUUGAGCUGAGUAAAGGAAAUCAAACGGACACAUUUAAAGUUUUCCGCUACACUAGUGAUGCACUUCGGCUGCUUCUGGUUCUUCUGGAUUUGCUCCAAAGGUUCAGUCUGAUCUGCUGUCAAGCGAAGUGCCUUUUAAUGAUUCCAAAAAGAAGCCAAUGAGUUCAAUAACGCUCACGUCUCUAGAUUUGGUGCAAAAUUCAGACAUACAGAGGCUCAUAAAAGUGUUUAUCCCCGUUCAGCUGUUUCACAUUUUGUUACGUUGCAAAAACACAAAAUCUUACCAAAUAUUUCUGAUCUAGUUUCUAUUUUAGUA